AUAUAAUGUUUAGAAUUUCACUUGCCCUUGUGGGAAGAAACAGAGAUAAAUGUAUGUAUUUCAUCUUGUCUCAGAAGCAGAAGGGAUCAUGCAUUGUUUAUGAGUUUUGAGUCUAAUUUGCAGGUGGGAGACUGGGAGACAUUUUCUAUCCCUGUAAAACAGAAGAACUGAUUCCUUUUCAUUUUGUUCAUUUUCAUCCUGUUUUUCCUAAAGCCACAUUUCUGUCCUUUAAUCCACAUGUCCACCUCAGCACAUGUCACCAUGUGUUGUGUUUGAGACCUAGUAAAUACCCCAAAGAGCCAGGACACAGUAGAAGUUGUGAUUUUGGAGGGACUGACAGUAGACUGAGAACUUUAUUUUAUUUUAUUUUAGUUUAUUUCGAGACAGAGUUUCGCUCUUGUUCCCCAGGCUGGAGUGCAAUGGCGUGAUCUUGGCUCACCGCAACCUCCGCCUCCUGGGUUUAGGCAAUUCUCCUGCCUCAGCCUCCUGAGUAGCUGGGAUUACAGGCACACACCACCACGCCCAGCUAAUUUUUUGUAUUUUUAGUAGAGACGGGGUUUCACCAUGUUGACCAGGAUGGUCUCAAUCUCUUGACCUCAUGAUCUACCCGCCUUGGCCUCCCAAAGUGCUGGGAUUACAGGCUUGAGCCAACGCGCCCAGCCGACUGAGAACUUUAAACUUUCAGCCUUGGGGAACAAUGUUGAGUAUUUAUUCUACAACAAUCAUUAGGUGAUUUGUCCAAAACGUAUUAUAAGUGUGAGGUGUGGAGGCGAAGGAGUUACUAGAAGCUGGGGCAGAGUGGAAGCCCAGUGUGUGAAGUUGUGCAGAGGACAAGCAAAGGACAGAGACCUGUGAACCAGGGUCAUCUCCUGAGGCUCAACCCCUGGGAACUGCCUCCAGCUCUUCUCCACCUGCUUCUAGGCAGUGAGGUCUCAAGAGCUAGCAAGAAAGUCUCUCCUUAAGUCUGUGGAACAAGCAUUUGUUGCACACCUACCAUUAUGUCCAAAGCUGUGUGGACUUAGGUUAAAAGACACCUUAGAUCCUUGCCCCCCUUCUUAUACCCACAGGACCAGAUCUCACAUGGCCUAUCAGAGUCUCCCAGGUGUUUUUUUCAAGGAGAGAAAACAUUAAAAAUCAAACAAACAUAGAUAUAUAUAGAGAAAAGCCUCUCACCCAGGCAGCCUGAACUGGCUGCAGGAGCAAACAGUCCUCUGACUUCUGAGACAGUACAAGGUGUGUCCAGGUGACUUAUGUAUCGCUGGGCAGCUGCCACGCACACUCCUCCACCUGACGCUGCUCAGGGAGAAGCCAGGCAGCUAUAAUAGUGUUCCUGGCAGGAGAAUAUCUGGCCUAGCAGGCAGGGUGUCAUUUAUGCAGCUGCGUGGAGACAAAUCUAGGCUGGUCCUGAUUCUUAACCUGCACUGGGAGUGAUGCACUCAGUCCCACAGGGAGUAGAUGAGCCUCAGGCAGAAGAUGUUUUGGAGAAAACUCCCCAAAGCCCUCUGUAUUGGGCUGACUCUGGCCAUUGCUGUCAAUCUCAUUCUGGUAUUUUUUACCAAGGGGACUUUACAAAACCUGUUUAUGGGUGGUCUCCACAAGGAGCUUCCUUUACCUCUGUCUGAGCGCCACGUGGCAGUCAUAAAGAGACUCUCCCACUUGGAGGUGGAAUUGCAGCAUCUGAAAGAAAGUGUGAAAUUGGCUCUGAGGCAACAGGAAAAUGUGAACACCACACUGAAGAGAGUGAAAGAUGAAGUACGACCUGUGCUAAAGGCAGUGGAAGCCACAGUGAAUGAGACAAAGAAGCACAAAACCCAAGUUAAACUCUUCCCUCACUCACAACUUUUCAGGCACUGGGGUGAGGAUCUUUCCGAGGCCCAGCAGAUAAAGGCCCAGGACCUUUUCCGGAGGUUUGGUUACAAUGUGUACCUCAGCAACCAGCUGCCUCUCAAUCGCACCAUCCCCGACACUCGAGACAACAGGUGUCUUCAGAAGAUGUAUCCUUCCCAACUCCCAUCCCUCAGUGUCAUUCUCAUAUUCAUGGAUGAAGCUCUGUCCAUUAUACAACGGGCCAUCACCAGUGUCAUCAACCGGACACCAUCUCGAUGGUUGAAGGAAAUAAUCUUGGUGGAUGAUUUCAGCUCAAAUGGAGAACUAAAGGUACACUUGAAUGAGACGAUUAAACUUUACAACCAGAAGUAUCCAGGACUACUGAAAAUAAUACGGCACCCCGAGAGGAAAGGUCUUGCUCAAGCCCGCAACAGUGGCUGGGAAGCUGCCACAGCAGACGUGGUCGCCAUCUUGGAUGCUCACAUUGAAGUCAAUGUUGGAUGGGCAGAGCCAAUCUUGGCUCGGAUUCAGGAAGACCACACCGUGAUUGUGUCUCCUGUGUUUGACAACAUUCAUUUUGACACCUUUGAACUGGAUAAGUAUCAACUGGCAGUUGAUGGGUUUAACUGGGAACUCUGGUGUCGCUACGAUGCACUGCCACAAGCCUGGAUUGAUCUGCGUGAUGUCACUGCCCCAGUGAAGAGUCCUUCAAUCAUGGGCAUCCUGGCUGCUAACAGGCUCUUCCUGGGAGAGAUCGGGUCUCUGGAUGGUGGAAUGCUCAUCUAUGGAGGAGAGAACGUGGAACUUAGCCUAAGGGUGUGGCAGUGUGGAGGGAAGAUCGAAGUUUUGCCCUGCUCCCGUAUUGGUCACCUAGAGAGACACCACAAGCCCUAUGCCUUGGAUCUGACCCCUGCCUUAAAGCGCAAUGCUCUGCGAGUGGCCGAAAUCUGGAUGGAUGAGCAUAAACACAUGGUCUACUUGGCCUGGAACAUACCUCUGCAGAACUCCGGAAUCGAUUUUGGGGACAUUUCUUCCAGAAGGGCACUCCGGGAAAAACUGAAGUGUAAAUCUUUUGACUGGUACCUGAAAAAUGUUUACCCACUCUUGAAGCCAAUACACACCAUCAUAGGCUAUGGAAUGAUGAAAAACCUAUUGGAUGAAAAUGUCUGCCUAGAUCAGGGAGUCAUUCCAGGCAAAACCCCCAUCAUGUAUAACUGCCAUGGAUUCAGUUCACAGUACGUCUACUAUCACCUAACUGGGGAGCUCUAUGUGGGACAACUGAUUGCAGAGGCCAGUGACAGUGAUCGCUGCCUGACAGACCCUGGCAAAGCAGAGGAGAAGCCCACCUUAGAACGAUGCUCCAAGGCAGCUACCAAUGGAUUGCACAUAUAUUGGGAUUUUAAACAGGGGGGAGCUGUCAUGAACAGGGAUACCAAGCGAUGUCUGGAGAUGAAGAAGGACCCUUCGGGUAGACACGUGCUUGUACUCCGGACCUGUACCACGCAAGUGUGGGAAAUCCAGCACACCAUCAGAGACUGGGGUCGGACUAACAGCCAGUGAUCCUCAGACAGCCCUGGAUCUAGGACAUUAGUUCUUGCAAGUGGAAUGGCUUCUACUCCCAACUUCUUUCUCAGUGAGAAAGAAAAGUGUGUGUGUGUGUGUGUAUGGUAACUUCAGGUGGGGCCUGUGCGUGUGCUGGGGUGUCUCUGUUGGGGAGAGGAGAGGAAACUUUGAUGCCUCGUCCCCAGCUUCCCUGGGAAGGUUGUGAUAUACAUCAAAUGCCAUUCUUGGAAACUCCUUGAAAUAACCAGCAUCUUUUGGCUGUUACAUGGAAAGAGAAAGAGGAGGAUGGAAGUUUAUCUUUGACUUCUGCCCACACCGUUUAGCCUUCCUUCCCAACAGCUACCAUCGCCAUCUGACCCACACCUCCUCCCCAGCUUGUCCACUUGGGAGCUCCCCAGGCUGCUGGGGGCCAUUCCACGUGAGAGGCUGGGCCCCCUCAGGCCAGCAGCGUGACAGGUCUCCACGUGGCACUAAUUCUCCCUCCUGCCUGGGCUGCCCUGAGAGAUGCAGCAAAUAGACAAGUAACUUUUAAAAAUUCGUCCAUUCACCCUCCCAUGGCAGUUUUAUGUGGAUUAUCAAUCUCUCCCACACCAAAGAGAUUCUGGAGGCUGAAGGGAGGAGAGAAGGCAUCUCGACUCAUCACAGCUGUCCAGGGGAUGGGGUAUUGAGAAGGGUAAGAAAAUCCAAGGCCAUCGGAGCCUUUCUCUUAGUAGGUCAUAACAUUUAAUUACCUAUUUCCUCCUCCUCCUCUUGCAAAUUAUGGAGAAGAUGAGGCUUGACUCACAGGGGCAUCGCUUAUUGGGGGCAAAGAAGAGAUUGCAAGCAAAAUGUUAAAACCAAGGAUUCUAUGGCUAUCCACUGGAUAAGUAUUUUCUGCUAGUUGGUGAGUUGGGAAGAUCUAUCUCAGCCAGGCAAUUUUUGGCAAGGUCUUGGAGGCUGGUGGGACUGGACACCAUGGUGGGAGAGAGGGUAGGAUGGCCAGGUGUGUGUGUGUGUGUGUGUGUGUGUGUGUGUGUGUGUGUGUUGGGUUGUGGGACUACCCUUCAGGUAUGUGCUCCCAGAACCCCUUCUUCAAUGGGUCACUUUUUUCUUUUAAUCCCAAGUCAGGGCUGCCUGAAUAAUUUUGGGAAUCAUUAGGUUUUGCAUUACUUUGCCAACAGUGCAAAGCAGGACAGUGAUACUUUGGUACAGAAUUUAAUCAAUUAAAACUUUUUAAAAUGACCUUUUAAAAAUGUACAGGUUACAAAUGUACAGCCUGAUUUAAAUUUCACUGUGAACACUGUCAUAUCAAGAACUAAAAUUACUGUAGAUAAGAUUUUAUGAUGAAAAAAUCAAGGGGCAAGAUGAGUGUUAAGCAAAUGUAUAACUUCUAGCUUCUGCCUGGCAAAUGGAAGGGAAAAUGCAAUUCAAAGGAAAGUUUUGAAAAAGCAUGUACUCGAUAGAACGUUGGGUAAAAGAUACAAUAUCCUUAAACAUAUGAAAAGAUGUUUCACCUCAUUCAUAUUUAGAGAAAUACAAAUGAAAACUAUAUUGAGAUACUUUUCACUUGAAUUGGUGAAAAUUAAAAAGUAGAUCACCACAUGCUUUUGGAAGGGCUGUGGGAAACAGGCAAUCUUAUACAUAAGUGGUAAAGAUACAAACUGGGAAUAUUUAGCAAUAUCUAAAGAUACUGUAUGUACACUUUCUAUUUGUACCAGUAAUUCCACCUCUAGAGAUUUACUUCCAAAAAUAAGAAAAUACUUAUGCACAAGGUAAUUCUGUGCAGUAUUCAUUGUAACUGAAAAAUGUUGGGAAAAAAAAACUAUGUAGCUGAACAUCAGAGAAUAAUUGAAUACCUUCAUACAAUGGAGUAGUAUGCAUCUAUGAUCAAGAACAAAGACUAUCUCUCUGAACUGAUAUGGGGUGUUUUCCAGUAUCUUUUGUUAAGUGGAAAAAGAAAAAUAGUAUCUAUACUAUGUACCUUUUACGUAAGAAAUAAGGGAAAUAUAUUCCUGUAUCUGUUCAUUUCUGCAAAGUAAAACAUAAGAAGAAUAAAAGAGAAAAUAAUUAGAUUGAUUACGAUGGGUGGUAGUGGUUGGAAAUAGGGCAGAAAAAAUUGGGACUAGGAACAGGAUAAAAGGCAUGUGGGAGAGUGACAUUUCUCUAACUAUAUAUUUGCUAUAGUUUUGACUUCUAGAACCAUAUUAUAUUUCAAGUGCUUAAAAUAUAAAUAUAUAAAAUCAAUAGAUAGAAACCCAAAAUGGAGUAUACACAAAAAUAAGCGAACCUAAUUAUAUUGCUAUCUUAUAAAUGACCACAUAUGUACUCACUCAUGUACACACAUGUAAAUCACACCCAGCAUGCAACACAGAGAUCUUGUUUCUAAAUAUUUUCCAAUAAAAGGAAUUACGAGUCUUUGGAGAAAUAGCUAAUUUUAGGGCUGGGGCUGGGAUAUCUUUCUAUUUUAGAAAGUUAUAAACUGCUCAAAAAAAUUACAGGGACAUGUCACAAACCACAAUGACCAGGCUGAAGGGGCUUCCACUGGCCAAAUCUGGGACAUUUGAAUAUUAAAGUAAAUAACGGUGAUUUUAUCUGAGUAACGGUCACAUCACCAGUUGUCAGACAAACAAGACUCAUGGGCCUCCUGAUAUAAUGCAAGAAGAACACAAUAUCACGUCUAUGGUUUCCCUGCCAAAAUACAGAACCGGAACCUAUAAUCUUGAGGAAACAUCAAUCAAACCCAAAUUGAGGAACAUUCUUCAAAAGAAAUGGUCUGUAUGCUUCAAAAAUGUCAACUCAGGAAGGCAAAGAAAGACGGAGGAAGUGUUCCAGAUUAAAGGAGACUAACAGGACAACAAAACAUAAUGUGUGAUCCCAGAUUAGAUCCCGGACCUGAGGGCUUUUUCCCACUUUAAUUGUAAAGGACAGCAGUAGACAAUAGGUGAAAGUUGAAUAAGGUUUGUUGAUUAGAUAAUAGUAUUGUAUCCUGAUUUUGAUCAUUGCACUCUGGGUAUAUAAGAGAAUGUUCUCUAUUUUACAAAAUAGUCACUGGAUGGAGUUGGAGGGGAGGGGCAUAAUCUAUGAGAUUUUAUAUAGAUGGAUGGAUGGAUGGAUGGAUGGAGCAGUAGGCAGAUUCGAUGGAGGAGUGGAUGGAGGGAGAUAGAUAGACUAAAAAUAGAUGGAGGGAUAGACAGACAGAUGGAACCCAGAAUGAUAAAACCAAUGUGGAAAGGUGAAUCUGGAUGAACAGUAAAGGGUUUAUAAGAAUUCUCUGUAUUAUGUUUGCAACUUUUCUGUACAUCUCUAAUUGUUUAAAAAUAAAAAAAAUUAAACUCAAAGAA